UAUGGUUGUUUUUGAGGCGUUGGGUUUCAUUUCAAUUUUGCUUUGUUUUUUUAAUUUUGUAUAGUCACAGCCAACCGUGGGCACCAUCAGCUUACUCCUCUCCCAAAAGCUCCUUUUUUUUUUUUUUUAAUCCAAAGUAUAUAAAAAAUGGCAGAUGGUGAGGAUAUUCAGCCACUCGUCUGUGAUAAUGGGACUGGAAUGGUCAAGGCUGGAUUUGCUGGAGAUGAUGCUCCAAGAGCAGUAUUUCCAAGCAUUGUUGGUCGCCCACGUCACACGGGUGUGAUGGUUGGCAUGGGGCAAAAAGAUGCAUAUGUUGGUGAUGAAGCUCAAUCCAAACGUGGUAUUCUAACUUUGAAAUAUCCAAUUGAACAUGGUAUUGUGAGCAACUGGGAUGACAUGGAGAAAAUAUGGCAUCACACAUUUUACAACGAACUUCGUGUUGCCCCAGAGGAACAUCCUGUUCUGCUCACUGAAGCACCUCUCAACCCGAAGGCUAAUCGCGAAAAGAUGACUCAAAUCAUGUUCGAGACAUUUAACACUCCCGCUAUGUAUGUUGCCAUUCAAGCCGUUCUAUCCCUUUAUGCCAGUGGUCGUACAACAGGUAUUGUCCUGGACUCUGGUGAUGGUGUCAGCCACACUGUCCCAAUCUACGAGGGAUACGCUCUACCACAUGCUAUCCUCCGUCUCGAUUUAGCCGGUCGUGACCUUACCGAUCACCUAAUGAAAAUCUUAACUGAGCGCGGUUACUCAUUCACCACUACUGCUGAACGAGAAAUCGUGAGGGACGUGAAGGAAAAACUCUCCUACAUUGCCCUCGACUAUGAACAAGAGAUGGACACGUCGAAAACUAGCUCCUCUGUUGAGAAGAGCUAUGAGUUGCCCGAUGGUCAAGUCAUCACGAUCGGUGCUGAGCGUUUCAGAUGCCCAGAAGUACUUUUCCAGCCUUCAAUGAUUGGAAUGGAAGCUGCGGGUAUUCAUGAAACGACGUAUAACUCGAUCAUGAAGUGUGACGUGGAUAUUAGGAAGGAUCUAUAUGGUAACAUCGUACUUAGUGGCGGUUCGACUAUGUUUCCUGGGAUUGCUGAUAGGAUGAGUAAGGAAAUCACAGCAUUGGCUCCAAGCAGCAUGAAAAUUAAGGUGGUAGCUCCACCUGAGAGGAAGUAUAGUGUUUGGAUUGGAGGUUCCAUUUUGGCUUCUUUAAGUACCUUCCAACAGAUGUGGAUUGCAAAGGCAGAAUACGAUGAAUCUGGUCCAUCCAUUGUGCACAGAAAAUGCUUCUAAUUCUUUUUAGACAUGUAAUAUUCUUAUGUCUCUGUAACAAUGGCAAAUAAAUUUUCCACAAUUGACAGUUCCAUGUAGAUUUUGUUGGUUGUGAACUUUGACCUUAUAUGGUAAAUCUAAUUGUUUUUCAUUA